AUGGUCAAAGUACGUUUCGUCGUGGUGGUGGUGACCGUGAUGGCUGUGAAAGCGCUAUUCGUCGUGGUGGGGACCGUAAGGGAGAAGGCAUGGGUGGUUGUACCGGUGAAGGCGACGUCUCUGUAUGUCCCGGUGGGGACCGUGAUGGUGACGAUCGCUUCAGUACCCGUUUCCAGCGUGACAGACCUUACCGCCCGCAACGCACUGUAG